AUGCCAUUUGGCUUGAAAAAUGCGGGGGCAACAUAUCAAAGGCUGAUGAACAGGAUAUUCCACGACCUCAUAGGAAAAACGGUUGAAGUCUACGUGGACGACAUCCUGGCAAAAACAACACGACCUGACGACCUCCUAAACGACCUGGCAAGAGUAUUUGCGUCCCUCCGUCAACACGGUAUGAGGCUGAACCCCCUCAAGUGCGCCUUCGCCAUGGAAGCCGGUAAGUUCCUGGGAUUUAUGAUAACUCAGAGAGGGGUAGAAGCUAACCCGGAGAAAUGCCAGGCAAUACUUCAGAUGAAGAGCCCGGGCUGUAUCAAGGACGUCCAGAGGUUGGCAGGGCGAUUGACAUCACUUUCCCGGUUUCUCGGAGCCUCGGCGACAAAGGCCCUGCCAUUUUUUAACCUCAUGAAGAAAGGGAUGGCCUUUGAGUGGACACCCGCGUGCGAAGAAGCCUUCCAACACUUCAAGGAAAUCCUGGCGGCACCUCCCGUUCUCGGGAAGCCAAGGGACGGGGAACCACUAUACCUAUACCUCGCUAUAACAAGCGAAGCCCUGGCCGCAGUACUGGUACGGGAGGACGGGAAAACCCAACAACCAGUCUACUUCAUAAGCAGGGCCCUACAAGGAGCAGAAUUAAGAUAUAGCAAGUUGGAAAAGCUAGCCCUGGCACUCCUAACUUCCUCGAGAAGGUUAAAACAAUACUUCCAAAGUCACCAAGUGGUCGUCAGAACGGACCAGGGGAUCCGGCAAGUUCUCCAAAAACCCGACCUAGCGGGAAGAAUGAUGACUUGGUCCAUCGAACUCUCUCAAUAUGACAUACGGUACGAGCCCCGACAAGCCAUCAAGGCGCAGGCCAUGGCGGAUUUCUUGGUUGAAGUAACGGGGGAUCCAGGCGAAGACAUGGGUACACGGUGGAAGCUCCAUGUGGACGGAGCCUCCAACCAGACCUUCGGAGGUGCCGGGAUCAUCCUGGAAAGCCCGAUUGGGGUUGUAUACGAACAGUCGGUUAGAUUCGAAUUUCCCAUCUCAAACAACCAAGCAGAAUACGAAGCCCUCAUAGGAGGCUUGACCCUAGCGGCGGAAGUCGGCGCAAGAAGACUGGAAGUAUGCAGCGAUUCCCAAGUCGUCACUUCCCAAGUAAACGGCAGCUACCAAGCCAAGGACCCCUUGUUGCAGAAGUACUUGGAAAAGCCAGGGGAGGGGAACCGGUCUCUCAUCCAAGGCAUGACAAGGGAACCAGCAAUUGCACUACACAUAGCAACCCUAAGUUCUUCAUGGCUAGACCCCAUCACCAACUUCCUAGAACACGGCCAAGUCCCUGGUGAUGAAAAGGAUGCGGCAAAAUUAAGAAGAGAAGCGGCAAAAUACGCCGUCAUCCAAGGACAGCUGUUCAGAAAAGGGCUUAGCCAACCCCUACUGAAGUGCCUACACCCCGACCAGACGGACUAUGUCCUCAAGGAAGUCCAUGAGGGCUGCUGUGGGCACCACAUCGGAGGCAAGGCCCUAGCAAGGAAGUUAAUCCGAGCUGGAUACUACUGGCCGUCGAUGAUGGCAGAUUCCAAAGAGAGUGGAGGAAACUGUAGAAAGGACCUGAUAGAUGAAGCCCGGGAAAUGGCCCAUUUGACGGAAACGGCGCUAAAACAAAGAAUAGCUCUGCGAUACAACACCAAAGUGCUCAAGAGGGAAUUUGGGCCUAACGACCUCGUCCUAAGGCGGAAUGAUAUCGGCCCACCGACCCCCGGAGAGGGCAAGCUAGCGGCAAACUGGGAAGGUCCCUACAGAGUCAAAAAGGUGAUGGGAAAAGGAGCCUUUAAGUUAGAAAGGCUCGAUGGCAAGGAGGUCCCGAGGACAUGGAACGCGGACAACCUUAGAAGAUUCUACUCCUAG